UUGUCCGGCGCUCGGCGGUCGGUGGGCGGCGGGUCGCGGGGGCGGCACGUGGCGAGCUCGGCGCGGCUGCGCGGCCGGGGAUGCCGGGUGCGGCGGGUGCGGCGGCUCGCAGCCCGGCCGAGCUCGCGGCAUUCCCCCGCCGGGCCCCGCCAUGCGCGCCGCGACGCCCUCCGCGCCGGGCCCGCCGCUCGCCGCGCGCCCGGCCCGCACCGCACGCUAGCCGCCCGCGUGCCGCGAGCGCCCGCCGGCCCCGGCGCGCCCAUGGAGCCGCCGUGGGAGCUAGAGCUGGAGCUGCGGCGGCACAUCGAGAACUGCGCCUGCACCUGCGACCACAUGGGCUACGGCAACUACAUGGACUAUCGCGUGGCGCCCGCGGCGCACGCCUGUCUAUGCCGCGCGAUUACCUCGCCGCACGCCCACGUAUGUGUUGUUCCCGCGUCGCAUCCGAGCCGCACUGGCCUCAUCCCGCAUGUUGUUUAG